AUGACAGCCUCCUUGGUUCUAAACCCUCGCUGGCCAGCGGAAACGGUAAUGUUUGUGUAUGACAACAACCUGGACGACCUGAACAAGAACAUGGAGGGGCUGGUGGGCAGCGGCAACUUCGCCGCCAGCCAGUGCCGCAACAUUAUGGCACACUCGGCGGCCGCCGCUGCUCUGGGCGGCCACCCGUCCGGACUGGUGCACCCCUCAGCUGGCUACCCCACAGUAGACUUGUCCGCUUCAGGCUCCAGUGAGACAGGAGUGUCUUCGGGGAAGCAAUGCGCGGCCGGGCCGUGUCCAGGAGCCGCUGUGCCGCACCAGAGCUCCUCGGCCGCCACAGCGUUACCAUACAGCUACUUUGGUAACGGGUACUAUCCGUGCAGGAUGGGGCGGGGUUCUGUGAAAUCGUGCACCCAGGCGGCGGGAGCCGCGCUCAGCUCGCAGUAUAUGGACACUACGGUGAACUCUGACGAUUACCCGAACCACCGGGCCAAAGAGUUCGCCUUUUAUCACGGAUACCCGAGCCCGUACCAGUCCAUGGCAAGCUACCUGGACGUGUCGGUGGUCCAAACGCUGGGCACCGGGGAGCCGCGCCAUGACACCCUGCUGCCCAUGGACAGCUACCAACCCUGGGCUCUGACCAACGGCUGGGGGGGACAGAUGUACUGCUCCAAGGACCAGGGACAGGCCGGACAUCUCUGGAAGUCUGCUCUGGCUGAUGUGGUGGCGCACCAGCACGACGGCUCGCCUUUCCGCCGGGGCAGGAAGAAGCGGAUACCGUACACCAAGCUCCAGCUCAAGGAACUGGAGAAAGAGUAUGCCGCCAACAAAUUCAUCACCAAGGACAAGAGGAGGAAGAUCUCGGCCGCCACCAACCUGUCAGAGCGGCAGAUCACCAUCUGGUUCCAGAACAGGAGGGUGAAGGAGAAGAAGUUCGUGGCCAAAGUGAAGACCAGCGCUCCGUAG